UUCGAAGUGGGGGGAGCAAGAGCGUGCUUGGAGGCUGAACUCUCGCUUUUGUCGCCUGUGGUGGAGGGAGGCGGAUUAAGUAGCCUUCUCGCUAUCACACAUCGUGCCCGGUUCCUUCGUGAUUUCCAUCAUCAUGCCCGUUACUGAGGAUACACCGAGACCGGGAACAUGAUGCAAAUAUAGGCUAAGAGAGGAGGACGUCUGCCUCAGCUGGGGAAUCGGUAAAUGCUGCGAAACGCCAUGCUGACGGCGGAGAUGAGAAGAAAGGGGGACAAUAGGAAAGGAUGAACGGAUGGAGGAUAGACAUGGCCCCCCGGUAGACACGCGCCUCCGGUUUACCGCAUCUCUGAUCUCGCACCGCCCUCUGUCUGACUGAAGGUCUGGCUGUCUCGGGGAGGAACCGAACAGUCUUCACUGGGAGGCACUGAUUAUAGGCUAUAGAAAUAUUGAGCCUGUUGUUCAUGUUAUUGUGAUUUCACAGCGAGGGGUGUGUACUGUCUGUGAAUCAGUGCUAAGGGUGUGUUUGAAUACAAGGUGGGCUGUUGCCAGUCAGGGUCUAUGAGCUGACUUUCAGGGGUGUGUUUGAGUGCAUGUGUGCAAUACUUGGUUGACAACGUGUGUGAAAGAGAGUUGAAGGAGUGUGUGUGUAUGAACCAUGGGUAACGCAGAGAGUAUGGAGUCCCAGUUGGCAGUGAUCCGGGCGAGGAGUGCCCCGGUCAAACUGCCCAUGCCAGACCCUGCAGAGUUGGAGGAAAGGUUCUCCAUCGCAUUGAAUUCGAUGAACCUACCUCCAGACAAGGUGCGUCUGCUGCGUUGCUACGACAACGAGAAGAAAUGGGAGUUGAUAUGUGAUCAGGAGAGGUUUCAGGUGAAGAACCCCCCUCACACAUAUAUCCAGAAGCUGCGAGGGUUCCUCGACCCCGCAGUCACGCGCAAGAAAUUCAGGAGGAGAGUGCAGGAGUCCACUCAAGUGCUCCGAGAGCUGGAGAUCUCACUACGGACAAACCACAUCGGGUGGGUGAGGGAGUUUCUAAAUGAGGAGAACCAGGGUCUGGACGUCCUUGUGGAGUAUCUGUCCUUUGCUCAGUACGCCGUCACGUUCGAUGGGGAGGUAUCGGAGCCCAGUACUGAGUCCUCAGUAGAUUCUCCCUGGAGUCGUUCUAUAGAGGAUCUCCAUGGCGACAGCAACCUGCCUUCACCCUCCAGUGGCAACAAUGUACCACGCGCUUCUCGCCACUCCAUAAGUUCUACGUUGGUGUCCAGGUCCAACACACUACCCAGCCGGAAGACGCUGAAGAACUCCCGUCUGGUGUGUAAGAAGGACGACGUCCACGUGUGUGUGAUGUGUCUGCGUGCCAUCAUGAACUACCAGUAUGGCUUCAACAUGGUCAUGUCCCAUCCUCAUGCUGUGAAUGAGAUAGCCCUGAGCCUCAAUAACAGGAACCCCAGGACCAAGGCUCUGGUGUUGGAGCUGCUUGCUGCUGUGUGUCUGGUCAGGGGGGGUCAUGAGAUUAUCCUGGCUGCCUUUGAUCACUUCAAAACGGUGUGUUCUGAGACAAUGCGCUUUGAGAAGCUGAUGGAGCAUUUCAAGAAUGAGGACGACAACAUUGACUUCAUGGUGGCUUGUAUGCAGUUCAUCAACAUUGUGGUCCACUCAGUGGAGGACAUGAACUUCCGAGUCCAUCUGCAGUACGACUUCACCAAACUCUGCCUGGAUGAGUACCUUGAGAGGCUGAAGCACACGGAGAGCGACCGUCUGCAGGUGCAGAUCCAGGCCUACCUGGACAACGUGUUCGACGUGGGGACCCUGCUGGAGGACGCAGAGACCAAGACGGCUGCCCUGGAGAGGGUGGAGGAGCUGGAGGAGAGCAUGACCCAUAUGUCUGAGCGGCUCCUGGACACAGAGAACGAGGCCAUGGCCAAGAUAGUAGAGCUGGAGAAACAGCUGAUGCAGACCAACAAAGAUCUGGACAGCAUAAGGGAUGUGUAUGCUAGCGCCAACACCCAGGUCCACACUCUGAGAAGGAUUGUGAAGGAGAAGGACCAGACCAUCCGCCGGCAGAGCAGACUGGAACGCCAGGUGCAGGAGGGAGGGGGCGCCAAAGAGGGACAGGCAGGAGGCGGGGUGCACCCCCUGAGGGGUGAGGGGGACGGUGGGGUGUCAGACAUACCCUCACCCUCACCCCCCCUAGGCACCGCCCUCUCCCCCAGCCCAGAGUCCAUGGCUUAUAACACUAUUGGCCCCGGGAUGGGGAUGCCGGCCCCUCCCCCGCCCCCGCCCCCUCCACCAAUGCCAGAGAUGUUGGGAAUGAUGUCGAAUGGACCCUAUCCCGCCCCUCCCCCGCCUGCUCCUCCUCCCCCGCCCCCUCCUCCUCCCCCUCCCUGCCGCUCCAUGGAGACCACGUGUUCCGGGCCCCUGCCCCCCCCUCCUCCCCCCGUGGCCCCCCCUCUCCCUGGAUGUGGAGGAUCACCCACUGUCAUUUUCAACUCUGGCUUGGCAGCUGUUAAGAUUAAGAAACCAAUUCAGACUAAGUUCAGGAUGCCAGUAUUCAACUGGGUAGCCCUAAAGCCCAGUCAGAUCAAUGGAACGGUCUUCAACGACAUUGACGACGAGAGAAUCCUCCAGGAGCUGAACGUGGAGGAGUUUGAGGAGAUGUUCAAGACCAAGGCCCAGGGCCCAGCGGUGGAUGUUACCCUGAGCAGGCAGAAGGCCCCUCAGAAAGGCCCCAGCAGAGUCUCCCUCCUGGAGGCCAACAGGGCCAAGAACCUGGCCAUCACCCUCCGCAAGGCCGGCCAGGGGCCUGAGCUCAUAUGCAGGGCCAUCGUGACCUUUGACCUACGCGCCGUGCGGAUGGACUUUGUGGAGUGCCUGAUGCGCUUCCUGCCCACCGAGGGCGAGGUGAAGGUCCUACGGCAGUACGAGAGGGACAGAAAGCCCCUGGAGGCCCUGAGCGACGAGGACAGGUUCAUGAUGCAGUUCAGCCGCAUCGAGAGGGUGGCCCAGCGCAUGUCCAUCAUCACCUUCAUGGGCAACUUCACUGAUAAUAUCCAGAUGCUCACCCCGCAACUCCAUGCCAUCAUCGCUGCAUCUGUGUCAAUCAAGUCUUCCCAGAAACUCAAGAAGAUUCUAGAGAUUAUCCUGGCUCUGGGGAACUACAUGAACAGCAGCAAGAGAGGAGCUGUGUAUGGGUUCAAGCUGCAGAGUUUAGACCUGCUACUGGAGACUAAGACCACUGACAGGAAGCUGACCCUGCUACACUACAUAGCUAAUGUAGUGAGGGAGAAAUACCCUACUGUUGCUCUCUUCUACAAUGAACUGCACUAUGUGGAGAAGGCUGCCGCAGUAUCUCUGGAGAAUGUGGUGUGUGAUGUGAAGGAGCUGCAGCGAGGCAUGGAGCUGACCUGGAGGGAGUACAGCAUGCACGGCCACAACGCCACGCUCAAAGACUUCAUCAGCAAGCACGAGACCCGCCUGCAGAAAAUACAGGAGGAUGCACGCAUAGCGCAGGAUGCGUUUGAUGACGCCGUCAAGUUCUACGGGGAGAGUUCUAAGACGAUGCCCCCCUCCGUGUUCUUCCCUGUGUUUGUGCGUUUCAUCAAGGCCUACAGGCUGGCCGAUGAGGAGAAUGAGCAGAAAAGAAGACAGGAGCAAAUGAUGCUGGAGAAACUGGAACAAGAGGAGCAUCAGCACGAGGAGGUGGAGCCCAAGUCUCCCUCACACAAGGGUAAACGUCAGCAGGUGGAGCUGAUCACAGAGCUGAGGAAGCGUCAGACUGGGAAGGACAGCCGACAUGUUUAUGAAGGCAAAGACGGAGCCAUAGAGGACAUCAUCACAGUGCUGAAAACCGUCCCCUUCACUGCCAGGACAGCUAAACGCAGCUCUCGGUUCUUCUGUGAUCCCGCCCACACUGAAGAACACUACUGAGCUCUGAGCUACAGAGAAAGAAAGAAAGGAGUGGUAGAAUAGGAAUGGGAGGGAUUAAGAGAGAGUGCAUGGUAGAGAAUGAGAGAGAUACAAGAGAGAGAGAGAGAAAAUAAAACCUCAACCACUCAUGUAUUGUCUUUACCGAGCAGAGAGACUGACUCUGAACUCUGUCUCACUAUGACCUGGGAUGAAGCCUAUCUCCUCACUACUCUCCAUUACUCCCCUGUGCUCACAGACUUCAAACCUUGGAAUCAAUCAGCACUUUUUGCAAAUCUCAUCAAUUCAAAAGAAAUAAUUUAAGAGGACAUGGUUGGAUUAGAUGGUGGAGGAGAUUGAAAGAAGAAGACUGACAGGCAUGUUUUUUUGUUGAACAUUCCAACAAAUUCUUACUGAUGCUAUUACGAAGGGCUGUUGAUUUCAUGAGUUUAGACUGGACUUGUUAUUGAAUUGCGGUAAUACCAGAGUCAUGUGUAGGGAGAGUAUUUGCUCAACAUUGGAUAUGGUGCCUCCCUGCAAUUCAGUAACUAAACUUGCAAUGAUCAUUUUUAGUUUAAAUUCCAGACGUUGAAUUCAACAUGGUAUAAAAUAAAAUAACAUAAAACCAUUCCAUCAAAUAAAUUGAGAUUGGUCUAAUGUUGACUUGGAUGCACCACACAGGCCCAAAUGGUUCUUGUGUUUAUUUUACUUAAUGAUCAAACUCAGCAUCUACAGAAUGGCUCUGGUUACCUGUGUUUAUUGUGAGCUAUUAAAUGCCUGUACAGAACACUGAAAAAAAGACAAAAAACAUUAUUGUUCCAAAAAAAAAAAAAAACUCACAACCCCAAAAACAGGUGAAACACCAUCAGUCCAAAUAAUGACUGUGAAACAGUCAGACUUGUACAGUGUUUCUACAUCCACCACAUUUACUGUGUUUGCUACUGUAUUUGCUACCUUUAUCCUAAACAAUACAGGUUGUUAUCUUAUCUUACUGUAACUUCACCAAACUUUCUGUUACACACACACAUACACACACACUCAUACACACACACACACAUACACACGCACACACACACACACACCUGGGUGCUAACGUGUUUCUGUUAAUCGAUACUAUGUCUUGUUAUUGUAAGGAUGUAGCGUUUUAGAUCAUGGAGACAGGCUAACACCUUGACAUCACACGCACACACGCACACACACACGCACAC